AUGACCAAAAAGAAAAUUACGAAUACAGUACCACCAAGUGCCAAACACCCACAAAAAACCCCCUAUCGAACAAAAACCCCUAAAUUAAAGUAUUUCAAGUCCCAGUUUUCACGACUUCAAUUCUACAGAACAGAAACAAUGGCUUCUCUCUUCAAGGAUCUAACAAAGCUGUCAGCUUAUAGAGACAGGAGGUUUCCUGGUAAUCAAGAAGAGUUUGAACAUGCACUUCAAACCUCAACAACUGUCUACAUUGGUAACAUGUCUUUUUAUACCACUGAAGAGCAAGUUUAUGAGCUUUUCUCUCGAGCUGGAGAGAUUAAGAAGAUAAUCAUGGGUUUGGACAAGAAUAGUAAAACCCCAUGUGGAUUUUGUUUUGUACUAUAUUACUCCAGAGAAGACACAGAAGAUGCGGUGAAGUUUAUAAGUGGAACCAUUCUUGAUGAUCGUCCAAUUCGUGUGGAUUUUGAUUGGGGUUUUCAGGAAGGAAGGCAAUGGGGUCGUGGUCGAAGUGGUGGACAGGUGCGAGAUGAAUAUCGGACAGACUAUGAUCCUGGCAGAGGUGGUUAUGGAAAAUUAGUCCAGCGAGAGUUAGAAGUACAAAGACAGCUUGUAGAUUAUGGUGCUGGGUCAUUGGGUUCUUUCCCUGCGGUUAUGCCGCCACCUCAUUUUGGCAGGCGUGGUGGAGGCCAGAAUUAUGGUAGUUCCAAUCGCCAGGGUAGAGAUUACCUUCAGCGGAAGCGGAACAGAGAGGAUGACCGACAACCACGUGAAUCUUCAAAGAGAACCUCAGAUCAUGAAUCCAGGAGGAACUUUGAUCCUGACUCACGACCGGAGAAGAAUCCACGAUUUCGAGAAAGCACCAACUCUGAUGAUGAAGAGGAAGAUGACAGACAGCAACGACCUUAAUCAGUUCUUAUUGCUGUAUUAUGUACUGUGAAGUUUAUGGAAUAGGACUUUGCAGUGAUGACAAUGCUUUCCAAGGAUCAAAUGUUAUUGUUGCAGCUAACAACUUUGUCUUGUUCUUAGUUUCUGCAACAAAGUUGCUAACAACCUUACUCUGUCUUAGUUGUAACUUCAUAGUUUAUACAGUGUUGAUUUUUGAGUUCA